AUGAUUAGGCACAUUUAUCUUCGUAUAAAUUCUUGCACAAAGUCUUAUCAAACAACUAAGAAAAAAGGAUAGAUAUAGUAUUAAACUCCCUAUAUCUGCAUUCUGCAAUUGAUAGAGCAAUAAAAAAUUGUGAUGGAUAAUGUUUCAGGUGCUUCUCUUGCUUCUACAAUGAAGGCUUGGAUUUAUGGUCAACAUGGAAAACCUGAGGAUGUUCUGAAACUGGACUCAAAUGUUGCAACACCCCAACUUUAUGAAGACCAAGUUCUUAUCAAGGUUGUUGCGUCAGGGCUGAAUCCAGUUGAUGCCAAGAGGAUGCUUGGGAUAUUCAUACAUGCCGAUUCUCCCUUUCCUACUGUUCCAGGAUAUGAUGUUGCUGUUGUGGUGGUGAAAGUGGGAAGCCAAGUUAAGAAUUUGAAGGUAGAAGAUGAAGUAUAUGGGAACAUUCAUGAGAAAGCCUUGGAUCACCCAAAACAAUAUGACACUUUAGCUGAGUACACAGCCGUUGAAGAGAUGCUGUUGGCUCUCAAACCAAAAAACCUGAGUUUUCAUGAAGCUGCUGCACUGCCUGUUGCCAUUGAAACUGCAUAUGAAGGACUUGAACGAUCUGGGUAUUCUUCUGGUAAAUCUAUUCUUGUCUUAGGAGGUGCUGGUGGGGUUGGCACCAUGGUUAUUCGGCUAGCCAAGCAUGUUUUUGGAGCAUCCAAAGUAGCUGCUACCUCAAGCACAGGAAAACUGGAAUUGUUGAAGAGCUUGGGUGCUGAUUUGGCAAUUGAUUACACCAAGGAAAACUUUGAAGAUCUUCCAGAGAAAUUUGAUUUAGUAUAUGAUUGCAUUGGGCAAUGUCAAAGGGCAGUGAAAGCAGUGAAAGGAAGUGGUCGUGUUGUGACAAUAGCAGGGGCUGUUACUGUACCCGCAUUCAAGUUCAUAGUCACUUCAAAUGGCGCUGUUCUAGAUAAACUGAAGCCUUUCCUGGAGAGUGGGAAAGUGAAGCCAAUUAUUGAACCCAAAGGCAUUUUUCCUUUCUCUCGAACUAUGGAAGCACUUAAUUAUAUAGAAACGGGAAGGGUUACAGGAAAAGUGGUCAUAUACCCAAUCCCAUGAAAAAAAAAAAAACUCCAUUUCCAGUAUGCCAUAUAGCCAUUAGAGUAUU